CCGACAUCGGUGUUGUUGCUGGGGGAAUCGCGAGUGGAUUGUUAUUUGUGGCAGUAGGAGUGACUAUUUUGAUAAUCAUAAGACGACGAAGAUUGGGACAAAAAGCGAUGGAAUCUAGGAAUUCAACACCAGGAGCGUUUUGGAAAACGAAAAACAAGGCAAAUGGAAAUAAAUAUACGGAAGAAACCCCUGACACUGGAUCACUAGAAGAACAAGAACUGACGGUGACUACCUCUUCAGAUGGUGGUUAUUACAACAUCGCAUCUGUCAAUUCCUGCAUUCGCGUUGAGGAUCUUCAGAGAAUAAUUGCGGAAAAGAAUCGUAAAGAAAACAACAUAUUCGCUGAAGAAUAUAAGAUAUUACCGACGGGAAACACUGAGAUUUGUCGAACAGCGCAGAGACCUGAGAAUGUGUCAAAGAAUCGCUUCAAAACAACGUUUCCUUAUGAACACUCGAGAGUCGUCCUGGAAGAGAAAUGGAAUCCGUCUGACAACGACUACAUCAAUGCAAACUAUAUCAAGGAUAAUGACGGGAACGCACGAUUUAUAGCUGCACAAGGUCCUAAAAAGACGACACUUAAGGAUUUCUGGAGAAUGAUGUGGCAGGGAAAUAUCAAAACGGUUGUUAUGCUAACAAAUAUUGUUGAAAACGGAAAGAAUAAAUGUAGCAUAUACUGGGCAGAUAAAGACGAGCCCCUUUGUAUCGGCCCGUGUACAGUAACUCUGUCCGAGGAAGUUGUUUACUCUUUCUAUGUUGUUCGAAAACUCUGUGUUCAGAACAAGGAGGUCAUUCGUAAGCGCACCAUCACACAGUAUCAUUACACAGCCUGGCCUGACCACGGGACCCCAGAAGAAAUCAGUCUCAAUCAAUUUCACAGAGCUGUGCUAAAAACACACCAGCGAAGGUCACCGUUACUCGUUCAUUGUAGUGCCGGUGUUGGAAGGACGGGAACAUUCAUUGCAUUGGACACACUGCUGGAAGAAGGACGGAGAUCUGGAGAAGUUGACGUGUUGGAGUUUGUGAAAUCGAUGAGGGAGGACCGCAUGACUAUGGUUCAAACAGUUGAACAAUACGUCUUUCUACACAAAGCUCUGUUGGACGGGUUACAGGGAUCCUGCGCUGCGAUAUCAGAGAGUGAUUUCCAACUCAAAGCCAAGGACAUGCUGGAAGAGACCUUCCCUCUAAAUCAAAGACAAGUGUACUGUGAAUUUAAGAAAUUAUUGACACUAAAGCCUGUCUAUGACGAUGAGGAGAAAGAAGAUUCUAAAACACCUGAAAACCUAACGAAAAACGUAUCCGUUGACAUCUUACCCGUUUCAAAGCAUCGUCCCUAUCUAGCAACGUAUAUAAAGGGCCGGAACGACUACAUCAAUGCUGUGAUAGUUCCAUCCUUCACAAACCCCAUAGGAUUCAUACUUACCCAGAAGCCUCUUGUGGACACGGAAGUGGACCUGUGGCGGAUGUGCAUGGACCACGAUACUGACGGAAUAGUGGUUCUCAAUGAUAAAGACGAGGAGAACAUAUGGGUCCCGUCUAGAGGGUCAUCACGGACUGUACCGCCAUUCAACAUUACAGCAAAGGACACAGGGAGCACGAUGAAUGACGUGAUACAAGGUGUCAUUGGAGUGUCUGAUCAAGAUCGUCACAAGUUGAUAGACGUAUUUCAUCUUCCUGCCAAUGACGACGAGUCAAUUCUGAAAGGAAUAGAACUGUUACUGGAGAAAACAAAAACAUCAAUAUACAGAACGAUCGUGAUAAGCAAAGAUGGCGCAGGCGCGGCUGGAAUAUUUUGUGCUGUUCAUAAUGCAGUUCAAGAAUUAAGGAUGGAUGGGGAAAUAGAUAUGUUUACUAUUGUGAGACAGAUCCACGUCAGAAGACCGGAAGUUAUUGGGAAGCUGGAUGAGUACAGGCGUUGCUACGGCUUGUUGAUGACGUUGUUGGAAGCUCAAGGAAUAUAUGCAAAUUUAUAGUUAAGCGCGAGACAACCUCUGUCGCUGUCAGCAAAUUAUCUUCAGUUUUGUCAUCUACGUAUUUAUCGACGGUGCGCCUUUAAGUGUUCCUAGACCAUUUGUGUUUCCGAUUUCCCUCGGGAGUUAACGCUACAGAUUCUCGUGUUGUUGUGAUGUUUUUAUCUAGAAAUAUAGGUUAUCCACUUUCGUUGUCGUAUUUGGAUAGCUAUUCCAAAGUUUUUCCUUUAUGUAAUUCAAAGCUCCACACCUUGUAAAAAUGCACGUUCUUGUAAAUGUAUAUUUUAUCAUGUUUGAACAUUUUGAAAUUCCCGAUAUGAAUGAGGAAACAAUACAUUUUAUUUGUCCUUUUGUCUGUACGUUAAUCAUCUGUGAAAUAGGUCAAGCAUUUUUUUAUUUAUACAAGAUGUACACUUUAUACUUGAUGACCGUAGAGGCCAAUGUUGCAGCUGUGAGUUUGUUAUCGAAAGGACCAACACUAUUUAGAAAAGUCACAUUCGGCAAAACUGAAGUUGUUGUGGUCCAGUGACACAAUUCAAUGUGUAGGAUGCAAGGUGAAGAUAACGAACACUGAUCAAUCUCAUAACUCCUACAAGCAAUAUAAAAUAGAUAGUUGGGCAAACACGGACCCCUGGACACACCAGAGGCGGGACCAGGCGCCCAGGAGGAGUAAGCAUCCCCUGUUGACCGGUCACACCCGCCGUGAGCCCCAUAUCCUGAUCAGGUAAACGGAGUUAUCCGCAGUCAAAAUCAGUGUGCCAAGAACGGCUUAACAAUCGGUAUGAAACACGUCAGACAGCAUUUGACCCAAUGCGAGGUUGUAUUGACGAACUACAUCGUUAUAACGACCAUAGCAUUUACGAAAUGCUGACUUCAAUCGAGACUGUUGAAAUCCCUGUACCAUCAACUUGUUUGUCAGUAACUUACCUCGAUUGAAAAACUGACUAUAUCCAGAACAAGCUCUUGCAUAUCAAAUCAGAUGAGAGAUAUAAACACCAUAUGCAGGUGACGAUGAAUUACUUCUAUAUAAAAUUAAAUAUGGGAAGUUGACAAUGGGGAAGCUGAAAUAAUCCCGUUUGUCAUACAUUUGAGUUGUUAGUUUGCCGUUAAUGUCUACUUUCAAUAAAAUAUCUAAGUAUGUAGCAGAAGUGGACGACUCUGUGGUGUCCUUUAUUUCGAGCUCACAGGGAUAUAUCAAAUCGACAUAUGAAUGAAAGCUAUCAUUGCUAAUAGACAAAACGUCAUCGAUAUAUCUAAAAGUCGAAUUGAGGGUCACAGCGAGAUAUUUUUUUCUUCUCACGUAGAAGUUUUUGAAUAAAUUCUGCUUGAUAUGAAUAUAAAAACAGGUCAGCUAACAAAGGAUCACAAUUCGUGCCCAUGGGAAUUCCAACAGACUGUUGGAAGACCUGAUCACCAAAGACCACGAAGAUAUUGUCAAUGAGAAACUCUAGCAUAUUUUUUAUUUCAACUUCAGAGUACUUGUGCGUGGAAUCAGAGUGGUGUUUAACAAAGUUUUUGAAUGACUAAUCACUAGAUAUGAAUAUUGAAUAUGGAUAGAAUAACACAUGUUACUUCUAAAUCAACAUGAUGAUGAACACCACAAAAUUUCAUUCAACAGAAACCGUUUUCGAUAAUUGAAUGUUGUAUCAAAUGUUUAUGUUAAUUGUUGGUUAUCUAUUUGUGUUAUGUUCUAUCGAAAACGUGUCGAUGAUAUUGAGAUGUCACCUUAUGACCAUUUCAACCUAUACCUGACACUAAGGAUCGGUGCAAUGAAGAUGUAUUAAUGUGUUAACAUCUGCGGCUAUCUGUAAACUCCGAUUUGAAGGUCAAAUAUUUGCGACAGCCGAGCGUUUUGCGAAAGAGCAACCAUUACUUAUUUUUAGGUGGAUGCUGUUUUGCAUUAGCGGGACUCAAACUCGGGACCUAAUUAAAAAACAAACUGCGACCGUUUGGGAUGUUUCCUGUAAUUGUAUAAUGUUUGUGUUCAUCGUUACUCGAUCAUCAGUUUGUAAAACGUGUCAGGAUCUCCCAUCAUCUGUUUACAUAAUUCAAUAUAUUGUUCGUGAAUAAUAAGUAAAUCACUGUUCGAAUACCAAGUUCAGUUAAUUUAUCACUGCUGUCCAUAUGAUGAUGAGGGAAUAAGUUGGAAAAUCUAAUCAACGUCACCAAACACGUGUUAUCACCUCUAAACGCCAGUCGCCAUGUUCCUGUCGCCCCUUUAUAUAUUAUAAUUAUAUGGUUUUUAAGUUUUUGAUGCACAAUGGAUUUUUUGUUUUGUUUUUCUGUUAUUGCUUUAUAUCGUCUGAGAUGUUUUUUUCACUGCAUUCGUAAUCAAUCAAUGUGUUUCCUGUCGCAUUCAUAAUGGAAACUUUAACUAUGUGUAUGUCAAAGACAUAGCUUUAGUUGAAAAUGUAUAAUAAUCCGAAUAAACGACCAUUCCUAUCCAUAAAACAGU